CCAUCAGGCUACAGACCAGCCGCGUUUGCACUCACUCCAGUUCCAGCUCCAGCUCUUGUAGCCUCCGAGAUACCCACGUUACUUACUUACUUACGUAUGUAUGUAGGUACAUGUGCUGUAGGCCGUGUUCUAUCUUAGUGGCACAUCAUCAUAUUGUGACAUCGUCUCCCCCGGAGCUUUCACCACAGCUACAGUCCAUCAUCACAACGUCUUCCACGCCCCUCCCCGACAACCCUACAUAUUUUAAACAAUCCCGCUCCUUGCGCAUAACUCUCAGCUUUCGAUCAGACUAGGGGCCAAGUACAUCCAGCAAGCAAGCAAGCAAACAAACAAACAUCCACGGCACCAUGAAUGUCGACACCAUUUCCGAUUUCCUCGCCGAUCAGCGCGACGAAGCUCCCGAAGAGCUCCAGGGCCUCAUCAUCCAGUUCGAGAACUUGUGGGAGCGAAAGUUAUGGCACCAGCUCACCGAUGCCCUCGUCGAAUUCUUCGAGAACCCCGCCAGUCAAAAGCAACGCCUACAGUUCUACAAGGUCUUCAUCCUCAAGUUUGCCGACAAGAUCAACCAGAUCAAGCUGGUCGAUCUAGGUCUCAAGGCCGCCGCCGCAUGCAAAGACGACGAUGAGAGAUUGUCCUUCCUUGAAGAUCUCGCCAAAAGGGUCGACAACGAGAGCUCACAAGACGCCUUCGUCUACGCCACCAUCUUCGUUGGUCUCAUCAAGUUGCGCGUGGACGAUGAUGAGGGUGCCAGGAAAGAUCUCGACAAGGCAGAGAAGAUCCUCGACACGUUCGACAGCGUUGAGACAAAAGUUCACGCCUCCUUCUACCGCACAAAUGCAAUGUAUUACAACUCCGUCAGCGACUACGCCUCCUACUACCGCAACGCUCUGCUCUACCUUGCCUGCAUAGAUCUCAAGGACUUGUCCGACAAGGAGCGCAAGCAAAGGGCCUAUGAGCUGGGCAUCGCUGCCCUCGUCUCCGACUCCAUCUACAACUUCGGCGAGCUGCUACAACACCCCAUUCUGGCCUCUCUAUCGGGCGAUGCUGACUGGUUACGCCAACUUCUCAUUGCCUUCAACCGAGGCGACCUGGUAGCUUACGACAAGCUCUCCGGCAACAUCAAGUCAAAUGAGCUACUCGCUGAUAACGAGCAAGAAAUCAGACAAAAGAUCUACCUAACAGCUCUGACCGAGGCCGUCUUCCGGCGGCCCCCUCAUCAGCGCGCCAUGACCUUUGACGACAUCUCCGCCGACACAAGAGUUCGUCCUAACGAGAUUGAGCACUUGGUCAUGAAGGCCCUAAGUUUGGGUCUGGUGAGAGGCACAAUUGAUGAAGUCGACAAGCUCGUCAAUUUCACCUGGGUUCAACCCCGUGUCCUCGACAUGACUCAAAUCGCCAGCAUGAGCGCGAGGCUGGGUGAGUGGGGUGAGAACGUGAACAAGCUGGGCAACUGGAUCGAGGCCACAGGCCAGGAUAUCUGGGCACCGUAAACUCUAACAACGUCUUGUUAAUGUAUGAUGAUGAUAAAACGGCUUGCCAACUACAAGGCGGGCACAGGCAUGGACUUAUGGCUGGCUGAAGCUGAUUAGGAGCCUGGUCUGGCGUAAUUCUGGUCUGUAAGAUAGAUACCAUAGACGAUCAUCCCCGGGUUAUGGCUGGGGUGAGAAAAGCAUAAUGCAGAGCGCAUUGCCCCGUCAGAGCAUGCAUUGCCUAUCAUGAA